UGGGUGCGUUAUAGUCUAACGAUAGUCGAUGUCCUCUAUUGUUAUGUCCUUUUGGCUGAUUAUAUGUUUGUUUUAUUUUCUAUUUUCCAGAGUACAUCGCAGCAUGUACCCUACACUGUAGAAAGGCAACAUGUAGAAUGCCAAACUGAUCCUCCACAUGCAACAUCAGUGGGCACACAGUAUGAUCAGUCAAAAAAACAGAAAUCAGUCAGCACACAAUUGUCCUUUGGUAAACUAAGGGACUGGCAUAUGAGGAGCAAAGGAUCCCAGGCAGCAGUGUUGUGUCACAGUGUUUCCACUGAAACAACAUCAGCGUACGCAGAUUUCCCAUUCGGAUUACAAUCUCCAAUCUCUUCAACACCUAUGAAGACCUCUGCUUUUAAUCCAAAGAAAAGACGUCGCAUAGAGUUGGAGGAGGAAGAUACUGAGAGCGAAACACUAUGUGAACCUCACGACACCACAUAUAACCCAGAAGACACAGUUGUUACUGAAGAAUCAGAACUGUCAUUUGUGCAAAGUUCCUCAUACAAUGAAAAAAAAUACGUUGUAUUUGAAAGCUGCCUCCGAGACUUGUUCGACAUCUGUCCACUUUGCCGGAGGAAGUGUGAUGUUCGUCAACGGCAACAGGGAACUUUUGUGGCAUUCAGUCAACUUUGCUCAAACUGCAGUUACAACAAACAGUGGAAUAGCCAGCCCAUUGUUGGAAGUACACCUACAGGAAAUCUUCUUCUGUCUGCUGCAACGUAUUUCACUGGUAAUUCAUUCAUCCAGAUAGAAAAGGUUUUCCGUGCCAUGAAUCUCCAGGUUUUUCAAUAUGACACAUUCAGGAGACAUGCAGGGAAUUUGUUGGAACCGGCUAUUGUCCACAAGUGGAAAACAGACCAAGCGAAUAUGCUUUUGGAGUUGCAGAAGAAUAAUAAAAUUGCAAUUGCUGGAGAUAUGAGAGCAGACUCACCAGGACACUCAGCAAAGUAUGGUAGCUACACUCUACUCGACUUGAACACCAACACCAUAAUCGACCUUCAGCUUGUUCAGAGCAAUGAAGUUGGAGGAAGCUAUCACAUGGAGAAGGAGGGCCUGAAGCGUUCCCUAGAUCUUCUGGAUUCAAAUGGUCUGACGGUGGACUACAUUGUGACUGACCGACAUCCACAAAUCCAAAAGUUUUUGAGAGAACGCAGCAUUACACAAUACUAUGAUGUGUGGCAUUUUGAAAAAGGUUUGUCAAAGAGACUAGCCCUUCUGGCAGAACAAAAGGGCUGUGAGGUUUUAAAGAAAUGGUUGCGCAGUAUUAGAAAUCAUGUUUAUUGGUGCGCAACGUCUUCAACUUCUGGACCUGAGAAGGUGGCCAAGUGGAACUCCUUGAUAAACCAUCUUCAAAAUGUGCAUGUCCAUGACGACCCUACAUUUUCCAAAUGUGAACAUCCGGACCAAGAGUCUACAAAUUCAACAAAAUGGUUAACACCAGGGUCAAUGGUUCUACAUAAAGUAGAAAAAAUCUUAGUCAAUAAGAGAGUCCUCAGGGAUGUCGGGAAGCUAAGCCAUCACCAUCAAACAUCAUCAGUGGAGGCCUUCCAUAGCCUGAUUCUUCGAUUUGCACCCAAAAAUGUGGUCUUCCCAUUUAUUGGAAUGCUGUGCAGAUUGUACCUUGCAACCAUGCAUUAUAAUGAAAAUGCAGACCGUGAGCAAGCUGUAACCAAAGCAGGAGAGGCAAAGUUCAAGGUUGUGUUCCCAAAAUCUAAGAGAGGGGAAUGCGUCGCAAGGCCAGUAAAAACACAAGCGACAUACUUUUAUGUGGAUGACCUGAUCAGGCUUGUGUUUGACGAGGUGCUUGAGGACCCAGCUCCAUUUGUUGAAAAGCUGAAGGAAAUCCCGAUUCCAUUGGACCUGGCAUCACAAUUCGAGAGGCCUUCUAAGGAGGACGUGAUUGCACGCCAUCUCACGCGCUUCAGUUUAGGGGUGGUCGGAAGCCGACAUACCGACCAUCCUGAUCGGGAAACUCCAAGCGGAUCCUAAGAACAACACACGAUGGGAUGACAACUCUAUUGUGUCGUCCUAGAUAGCCCCAACACCAGCUGACAAAGCUUCGAUACGCUGUGUAUCUGUAACCUCUGUAAGCAUUAAAAUGGACAAUUAUUCAGAGGAGAACAAUAUAGGA